AUGUUGCAAUUCGUUGCCGCAUCUCUUAUACUAGCACUGAGUGCUACAGCCGCAACUUUCACCGUUCUGGAUGUGGACCCCGGAGUAGCCCAGAGUAGUGACUACAUAAUCGUUUUGCACCGACUCCUAGGAAGUUCCACGCUCGAAAACGACUCGGACCUCGACCUGCGACCGAUUGUCCCUACGUUCGAUAUUAAUAGCCCGUACAGUUUCUCCCAUGGGCCACUCAACGUCAAUCCAGCGCCGUUGGACGACGGACUUGCACUAGACGCGGGGGUCGUUGGCGAAGUGCCAGCGGAAGACCCUAUGGCGCCUGGGGUAUUCGGAGGAGCCGCAGCAAAUUCACCUACGCAGACACCUUCGGUUUGUGUCCCCCAGCUGGAUAUAACGUGCUGUGAAAAUGGCGAGCCCUCUUGCGGAGCGGCCGUAGCUGAGUUUCCAAGAGCAUCGGCUACGACGGUCCCUGUAACAACAUUGUUGUAUUCGAAAUCCUUCGGCGACCUCAUACGUAGUGGCGCCAUCACUGCCGACGCCAAUAGGCCUGACAGAGAUGAUGGAUGGACGAGGUCUUCCAUUGUCCAGGAAUAUCUCUUGUGCGUCGCUUACAUGCUCAGAGCGAAUCUCAGUCAUGUGUCGCUCGCCUACUCUCACGCUGCAAGUGCCAUUUUCUCAUACGAACCAAGGCAGCUGUGCACCUCUGGAGAAUUCCCCGUGGCCCAAACUCUCCAUGCCCGUUCAGGCCUUCAGGCCCAGGACACUGUUCACAAAUGCGAGAGACAAGUGGAAACGAACUCGAAAUACGAGGACAGGCCGAGGAUCAGUGCCUGUUGGGGGAAUCAGGUUGUCUUCACUUCGGACCCUCGCGCGCUUCAGCACAUCUUUCAUACUUCGAGCUACCACUAUCCCAAGCGGGCCGAUGCCAAUCAGUCAGUUCGCAAUAUAAUGGGAAGAGGCAUUGUAUGGGCGGCAGGCGAUGUGCACCAGCGCCAUAGGAAAGUGAUGAACCCAGCAUUCACGGCACAACAGCUGCGAGCUUUCCUCCCACUCUUCCAAAGUACUGCCUCUCGUAUGUCCCAGAAAUGGAAGGACUUGAUCCAAGCCGGUGACCAGACCUUUAACGUAUCACGAUGGCUUGCUCGGAGCACUCUGGAUGCUAUCGGAGAGGCGGCUUUCGACUAUCGAUUUGGGGCGAUUGAUAACGCCCAUAGCGAACUGUCUAAAUGCUUCGAAAACCUGUUCGCCGAUACCAUCUUGCAUCCUCCCAAGUGGGAUCUCCUUUUCAAGGCAUUGUGGCGAUAUAUCCCCCCUCCUAUCCUCCAGUUUGUUGAAUAUAUCCCAACUAAGGAGUAUCGCCGAUUCCGCAAUUUCAAGGCGCUGGCAAAACGAAUUGGCAAGGAAUUGAUUGAAGAGAAAGCUGAUGGAGCGAUCGCGGAAGGUUCUAGUCGAGACAUGUUGAGCGUUUUGGUGAGGUCCAACACCUCCGAAGACCCUAAACUCCAGCUCGACGAAGACGAGGUUUUAUCUCAAAUGACAACUAUAAUGCUGGCUGGGCAUGAGACUACCGCGUCGUCGCUUACCUGGCUUUUGUACGAACUCUGUAGACAUCCGGAAGAUCAGGCGAGGAUGAGGGAUGAAAUCCAAGCACUUCGCGCAAGGCUACCAAGUGGCACAGAUUUCACCAUAGCCCACCUUGACUCUCUCACGUUUACUAACGCCUGUCUCAAGGAGGUCCUGCGGCUCCACCCUAUCGUUCCCUCUCUGGUACGCACAGCAGACAGAGACGACAUCAUUCCUUUGGCUCUGCCUAUCACCACCAAGGACGGAGAGACCUUGACAGAACUACAUGUCAAAAAGGGCCAAGAUUUCUCUCUGUCUAUAAGUACUUACAACCGCCUCCCCUCCGUGUGGGGGGAUGAUGCAGAUGAAUGGAAUCCUCGUAGAUUCCUCGACACUUCCAAGGAGAAGCAAAUAUCCAUCGGUGUAUACGCGAAUUUGAUGACAUUUUCUGCUGGUGUCCGUGGAUGUAUCGGUUGGCGAUUUGCCCUCAUCGAAUUACAAGCCCUUGCCGUUGAGGCGAUCGAACACUUCAAGUUCGCGUUGCCCAAAGGUGUGCAGAUAAUGAGGCUACCCGCCGGUAUCAUGGUCCCUAUGGUUAAGGGCAAGAUGCACGAAGGAACUCAGAUGCCUCUUCAUGUCUCUUUGGCGGAAGAGUAG